AUGGAGGAAGCAUUCGGAGCAGCCCCUGAGCCUGUAACUCCAUUGGGCAAAUAUCGCACCCUCAGCCCUCGCGCUGCCAUCCGCGUAUCUCCCUUACAACUUGGUGGAAUGUCAAUUGGUGAAGCCUGGUCCAGCUUUAUGGGUACCAUGAACAAAGAACAAUCGUUCAAGCUUCUAGACGCCUUCGUCGCUGCCGGUGGAAACUUCAUCGACACAGCAGGUUGCUAUCAAGAUCAGCAAUCAGAAGCCUGGAUUGGCGAAUGGAUGGCCAGUCGCAACAACCGCGACCAGAUUGUCAUCGGAACAAAGUACUCGUUUGAUUACCGUUCCUGGGAAGCAGGUAAAGGCAACGUGCCCAAUGCAGCAGGAAACUCCAAACGCAACAUGUUUCAUAGCGUGCGCGACUCUCUACGCAAGUUACAGACGGACUACAUCGACAUCUUCUAUUUGCACUGGUGGGAUCAUACCACCUCGAUUGAGGAGGUUAUGGACUCCUUGCAUAUCCUCAUUGAGCAAGGAAAAGUCAUGUACCUAGGAGUUUCUGAUACGCCCGCGUGGUGGGUAUCUGCAGCGAAUACAUACGCCCGCGCACAUGGCAAGACGCAGUUCUCUGUGUAUCAGGGCCAGUGGAAUGUACUUCGUCGAGAUUUCGAGCGAGACAUCAUACCAAUGGCUCGAUAUUUCGGUAUGGCAUUAGCACCCUGGGAUGUAAUUGGAAGUGGGCAUUUCCAAACCGCAAAACAACUAGCAGAGCGCAAUGCGAAGGGUGAGGGUCUACGCCUUAUGGCAGGCGAAGAGCAAAGCGAAGAAGAGCGUCGGAUUUCAGAGGCGCUGUCCCAAGUCGCAUCUGAACAUGGUAUUGAAUCAGUUACUGCUAUCGCAAUUGCCUACGUCAUGAGCAAGACACCCAACGUUUUCCCUGUUGUCGGGGGCCGUAAGGUCGAGCACUUGCACGACAACAUCCAGGCUUUGUCUAUUCGUUUGACUCAAAAGCAGGUUGAAUUCCUUGAAUCUGCCAACGAGUUCGAUAUUGGCUUCCCUCAAAACUUUGCUGGACGAGAUCCCACUGUCACAGAUGGCAGGACCAUGGAACUGGCCCAUAAUGCUGCUCUUGUUGAGUAUGUGAUGGCCCCGAAAGCCAUUGGCUAUUAG